GCAAUGAAUAUGACGUUCUAGAAUUUCGUCAACAAGACACGGCUGACGCAAGGGAUGAUCAACUUUUGUGUGAUCGUGUACAUGGACGACAUCCUGGUCUAUUCGGAGACCUAUCACGGGCACGUUCAACACAUCGAGUGGACAUUGGGCGCAUUGAGAGAUGCUGGGUUCAAGAUUGCGCUCGAGAACAGUGAAUUUUUCCUCUCGGAAAUUUCGUUCUUGGGCUACGUCGUGAUACGUGGAGGAUUGCGGUCGGACUCGAGAAAAGUGGCGGCGGUGAAGGAAGCCCCGGUUCCCACGUCACUAACGCCGGUUCGAGCCUUCUUGGGACUGGCGUCGUACUACCGGCGCUUCAUCAAGGGUUUUGCCACGAUUGCACGACCGCUAACAAACCUGUUACGGAAGGACCAACCUCUCAGUUGGGACGCGGAGUGCCAGCAGGCCUUUGCAACCCUCAAAGACGCUCUGGCAGCGACCCCUAUUUUGAUUCGGCCGGACCCCUCGAAGCAGUUCAUUCUCAUCACGGACUGGCAACCGGAAGCUAUUUCCGCUAUUCUAGCACAGAAGGGGAACGAUGGUCGCGAACACGUCAUCAAGUACGCGUCUCGAACCGUACCGGACGAACGAAGAAACGACUCUGCACCUCAAGGUGAGUGCUAUGCGGUAGUUUGGGGAAUCCACUACUUCCAUCCGUAUCCGUACGGACAGAAGUUUCGCCUCGUAGCGGAUCACGAGCCUCUGCUAGCGCUGAAGAAACUCACCAACUACACGGGCAUGAUUGGCCGUUGGGCGGUGCGACUACAAGAAUAUGACUUUGAUAUCGUCCAUCGAAAGACAAAACGGCAUGGCAACGUGGACGGGCAGACACGUCUGCACCGACCUGUCAAGGUACGGCUGACGUGGACCGAGGACGAGGCACGCCCGCCUUGCAUAGAGCGCCUGGAGUUGCUGUUCAUCCAGGCUUGGCGAACCAGCGUGGAGGGAGAACUCCUCGCGUUUCUGUUCGGUACAGUGCGGCCCGGACAUCAGGAACUCAUCGCGCAAGAGCUCACGAUCCCGGUAGCGCAGCUGGCGGACGAUCUCCCUCUCGACAUCAUCUCGCAAGACGACAAGCACCCGAUUCCUCAUGUGCUUUCUCGCACAUUGACGCCGUAUCUCCAGUGGUCGGCUUGUGUGGAGGGAGCCGCCGAGCGCAUCCCGCCAUCGCAGCAGCAGUAUUUGGAUCCCCGGACGGUUCGCGAUCCUGCCUUCUUCAGGCAUCCAACGACGGAGCAGCUUGCUGCCAUUCGAGAGGAGGAAGAGGAGGAAGAAAGCACUGAGAGUGACGAAGGAGAAGACGAGCGGGAAGAAAGUGGGGAAAGUGACGAAGUACUCGGGGAAGAGGACGAAACCCCCGAAGAAGGAACCUAUAGCGGGCAUAGCGAGGAGGAGCAGAGCGAAGAAGAAGAAGAAGACAAUGAAGGAGAAGAAGAGAACGAAGAAGGACCUGCGGAAUCGGAGUGGGAAGCUGUGCCGGAAGAAGCGCUGCGCACGGGCACGGAGGCUGAAGAUCCGGAGGCGGCCCGCAAAAGAGAAGAAACCUCGGCCGGGAAGAGGAAGCUAGAGUUUGCGAGCGGGGCAAGCUUGCACGUCUACGAUGACCCAAACCGAGAUCCGGAGCCUCCCCGACCAGAACAUGGCGACCUCACAGCCACAACUCCGACCUCAUCAGCGAGGCGACGGAGCCGAUCCCCCUCCUCCCCAACCCGUCCCCCAAUUCGCCAACGUACCGAUACGGGCAAUCGGUCUUCGUCCCCGAUCGCUCUCUCGUCGUCCUCUUGAAUACCUUACCUUCCGCCCGCUCACCACCCCCAUUACGUUCCCCUCUAAUCCGUUCCCCCGCGACGCCUUCCACCACUUC